ACUAGCCUCUGCACGGCCUGCGCGUAUUGUAUGUGUGCGGGAUCAACCGAGCGAUUGAUCCCGUAGUGUCAAAAAUUAUAGGUUUUUAGGUGUGAUUUUGUAUGCCGUCCGCGACCGCGGCCCAAGUGCGAGACAUUUGUAUGUUGGCCCGCGUCGGCGUUGAACGCGCGAUCUAAUUAUGAUCAAAUUAUUCUCGUUGAAACAAGCGAAAAAAGAUGGCGAGUCACCCAAGGCUGGCACCCAGAAGAAGGCGUCCGCGGCACAGCUGAGAAUCACAAAAGACAUAAACGAACUCAAUCUCCCGAAAACAUGCGGUACGGAAUUCCCGGAUCCUGAUGAUCUGUUAAGCUUUAAGUUAAUCAUCUGUCCAGAUGAAGGGUUUUACAGAGGUGGUAGAUUCGUGUUUAGUUUUAAGGUUGGUCCCAAUUACCCGCACGAGCCACCAAAAGUGAAAUGUGAGACUCAGGUUUAUCAUCCCAAUAUUGACUUGGAUGGUAAUGUGUGCCUCAAUAUUCUGAGAGAGGACUGGAAACCUGUACUCACAAUCAAUUCCAUUGUCUAUGGUCUCCAAUAUCUAUUCUUAGAGCCAAAUCCUGAGGAUCCAUUAAAUAAGGACGCUGCUGAAGUUCUACAGAAUAACAGAAGGGCGUUUGAACAAAACGUAGCAAAAGCUAUGCGGGGUGGUUAUGUAGGAUCAUAUUAUUUCGAACGAUGUCUCAAGUGAUACAGUGCCUCGCCAUCAUUCAUGUUGUACAUGCUCCUUCAAGGACUCACUGUAGGUCAAGAGAUCCUGAAGUAUGGAAUGGGUACAGGACCAUACAGUGUCCUCAUUGUCACUUGUGUGACAUUAACAUAUUUACUUUCUUUAUGUCUUGCCAGGCCUAUAUACAUUUAAUUGCACAUAUUUAUUUUUGGUUAAUAAGCUUCAACUAAAAUAAACAUUCAUCAUUUUCAACAAUUAUCGAAAUGUUUAUUGGCCAUGGCAUUAUUUUAGUGAAUUUGAGGUGCAGUGUUGAAAGGAUUGUAGGAUUAUAGUUUGACAUUUGGCAAAUGAUAGAUGUUACGAUGCGAGACAUGUAAUUAUUACACUCGAGUUUGGACCUGAAAUUGGGAUUUUAGAUCCUGAAUUUUUAAAUCAAUUUUGCGUUUUUAUAGAUACCUUAAUAUUUAUGAUAUAUUUAUUUUCUAAGGCAUAUAUAACUCCCAUUGUCAUUGCUUUUCACCGCAGCAUCUAUCAAAAUUUGAUCUUCAUUUAAACAUAUGUACAAGUAACUUAACUUAUGUAUUGACUGAGAGUGGAAUAUAAGGCUGUUAUGGAACUGCAAAUGUUUUGUUUCGAUUCUUACAAAGAGCAUAAUUUUACACCUGAUAAAAUGUUUUUUUUUUUUUGUAAUCUAGCAAUAAUAUACACGAAAACAACAAUCGAUGUUUUUAUGAAACAAGUUCAAAUUUAUUUCACACUAAGAGAGGAGAUAGGUUCGUUUUGCUCUAUGUACAAGUACAAACACCUUACAGAGCAGUCGCUAACAAUUACGAGAUUACAAUACAAUCGUGAAAUUUUUUAUACACUACAAAAUUUAAUUUAUUAUUUUUCAUAAUUACACUAAAAACGUUGAAAAGAGAAUAUAUUUUAAACGUCACGCUUGUACAGUCUAUGUAAAAUAAUUGAGCAUAUCUCAAUGUAGUUUAGAAAAAUCGAUACAUGCAAAAAUCACAGAAAUAUCUACAACAAAAUGUAUUAAAUGUGUUACCAAUUCUUCUUUCUCGGAAUAUUUAAGUAAUAUCAUACAUGUCCCUCUAAUGAAUCUCUAUAUACAUUUAAGAAUUCACAAUAGUGAAUAAUUGCUGUUUGAAAUAAGAAGAUAAUUAUAAAAUAAGCUGUAUUUAAAUAUUCAAAAGAAAUAAUUGUUUUUACUUAUUUUUUACGCACACACUUACGCCACAAUUACAUCAAUAAAUUUAAUAUUGCUAUCUUUUAAAAUGAUUUAUAGAUUUACGCCUUAUUUUAAGCUUUAUUCAGAGUUACGAUUGUAAAUUCCAAACCACUACGUACACGUACAUUUUGUUUGCUAAUUAUAUUUAAUUCGAGAGACAGGUAUAAAAAAGAAAGAAAUAUAAAUGCUAAUCCACAAACAUAUAUUGUAAACUCCAGAAAUAAAGGUCUUGGAUAAAUAAAUAAAAUGACAGAAAUACAAUAGAAACUACAUUUUCGGUUUAAUAAUGAAGUUUCUAUAAACUUCAUCUAUAUUAAAGCACCAAUAUAGUUAUAUCUUACCUCUUAUCAGUUUAUACAAUAUCGAGACUUAAGCAUAUAUGUGUGAUUUUUAUCAUAAGACUUACCGCCGUUACGUUUAUAAUUCAUUUAUCAUUAUAUAAAAACUACCGAGAGAAUGUGUGUGAUAAAUAUAUCCAUUACAAAGAGAAGUUACGGUUUGUAUCCUAUAAAGAGCAAAGGAACAGUUGUCGUCUUCUCUAUCAGUUAUUAUUAAUUUAUUAUACUUUAAUACAGUACUUAUAGAGAACUUAUGAACUAGAGAAGUGUCCUGGCCUCACUCCGACCUACAGCUUUACUCCGCUGUAUUCUUCAAUUUAGGUCCCGUCUGCGUUAACGUCUCAAGGCACUUUUUUAAAUACUCUUGUUUGAAAAUUGACACAAUCAAUUAACUUUUUUUCCUUAUUACGUGCACAAAGACUUUAACCAAAUAAUGGGUCGCGAGUUCGGGUCACACAAUAUAAAGAGCGACGGCGUCUUUAUUUCACGCGUCGUAUCAUCUAUAAGAUAGAGAUUAGAAGUUGUUCACGCUUUACAAAUACCUCUGAUAAACACUGCAAGAAAUCGAUAAUCGCAAUUCCAAGUAAAAUCAAUUUAAAAGCAGGGUACUGCAAAGUAAAUUAAAAUAUAUAUGAAGUGCAUAGUUUAUUCAAGCAUUAUUAAUUACUGUGUUUGGAAAAUGAUCGUUUAAUAUAUAUAUAAUGUGUGUAUGUGUAUGUGUGUGUCAUGUAUACAGAUCUCUACAAUGUAUCUUUUCGUUAAUUUCAAAUAUUGUGUGAUGUGUUAAUCAGCCAACUCUUUAAUAUUUACAAUUUGAAAUCAUAUCCUAUUAUAUACAAAAUAUGCAGUUCUUUCUGAAAUUCAAGAAAGAGUCACGCAUUACACGGAGCAGAUAUUUCAUUGAGCAACGAUAAACAUAUCUUUUUUUUCGUUAUUCUUGUCUCUAUUGAUAUUAUUGUAUUAUCUCUAUUUUAAAUUUAAAAAAAUAACACAUUUAUUAUAAACAAAUGAAGAAAUGUAUAGUCGAGAGAUAUGCCUGAAACAUAUUAAGUCGUUUAACUUAUCUUCUGAAUUUCAAUGAGAAUAAAAUCAAAUCUAUUAAAAAUCCUUAUAAAAUCGCAUAGCUAAAGUUUUGUUGAAGUUUUAAUUAUUAAGAAAUCAACAAUCGUUAACAUAAUGUAUUAUAUAUUGUUAUUGAUCGGUAUUCGCUAUAUUUUUGCAUGCACCCUGUGUAUACAAUCUUUACUAAAAGAGAACCGAAUAUAGUGUGAUUAAAAUUGCAGGUUUCUUGCAGUUUUAUAUGUAUAUAAAAACAGCGAAAAUUGAACGAAUAAAACAAACUAAUUAAGUAAAUAAGCAUAUAUAUAUAAUAUGCUUAUAAUACAAUAUAAUUUCCACUAUCCAAUAGUAUUGUACAGAAUUUUGGACUGAAGUAUAGAUCACGAGUUAUUUUCUGAAGCGACACGUAAUUAUCGCAUACAUCCUUUUGCAUUUUGAUAUAAAAAGCACUUGUGCAGUAAUCAUUUCACUAACCACAGCACAGAACACCUCUUUUUUGUACACCUUUAUCAUUUUGGGCUCUGAUAUUCAUAGUUUAAUUCUGCUCCGAGAGUGUCUUACGUAAUUAGGAUACCUCGUGAAAGAAAGAGCUCUGUUUAAGAUUACCGUGUUUUUUGUUGAUGCUUUUUAAUACAAUACCAAAACUUUCCUACCAGAUCGACUAUUAUAAAAACUUAAUUACAGUUGCAGAAGCUAACUAAAGUGUUUACUAAGCUAUUGAUGCAGCUCCAUCUUUCAGGGUAUAUCGGAUAGUGUAAGAUACGGCGAAACUUAUUUUUUUCCAAAAUAAAGUAAGCUGUGCUGGGAUUUACGUAAAGUGAUCGGUAGCUGCAGAAUAUUUGGCCAUUUAUAAUACAAUAUACAUUUAAACAAGAACUUGAAAAAAAAACAAUGUUUAUUUAAAAACCUAAAUUGCAUUUUAUCUAAAUAUUUGUUGUAGGCAACAUUUUCUGCAAGUUACGUCUAGCAACCUUGCUAACUUACAUUUUUUUGUUACACAAUAGUAAUUUGCAAAUAGAUCUCAAGAGUGUACAGCAUGACGUUUUAACUUAUUUGUUAAUAAUAUUAAGAAUUAUUGUUUACACAUAAUCAAACAUUUUUUUGAUACAUUUUUACCAACAAUUUAAUAUAAUUUUUAUAAUAGAUUUUUUUAAUAAACUAAUUGAUUCAAUCGUCCUCUAUAAAACAAUUUCGGACUAAGGCAUAACUCGAGAUUAUAAAUACGUAUUUUAUAUGAAAAGUAAGUAUAUUCAGUAAGCUGAAAUUUUCUUAAUUGAAGAUAUUCCAAAAACUAAGUAUUAAUAAAAAUUCAAAAGUAAUUUUGAAUAAUUGAGAAAACAAAUUAUAGCUUAUAGCUAGGCCAAAACAUCUCAUUGAGUCAAAUUUGAAUAUUUAUAGUAUAAAAGAGAAUAAACAUAUCUAAAAAAAAAAAAAAAAUGUCUCGAC